AUGACAGACGCUACGACACCACGAUACCUUCCUAACGAGAUUCUUACUCUCAUUCUACGUUCGUGUAGUCCUAGAGAGCAAGCUAUAAUCUCCCGCACAGCAAAGCGGCUCCACGCGAUCGUUCAAAGCCGUCUCUACGAACGUGUCGAAAUAGGGUCACCUGCUCAAGCAGAGAACUUUUCGCGAACAAUACUGAAAAGAAGCGAUAGGUUUGCACCUCUCGUGAAAGAGUUUAGAGUAAUUAUCAUUUACUGCUACAACUCUCAGUACGAUUCCAAAUCGUUAACGACGUUACUCAAUACGGUCCUCUUGCGUUUAGAAAAACUCCGAGUGCUUCGACUAGUUCUCGAGUUAGCCGACAAGAGCUAUCUGCACCUUGCAUUAUCUUACUGUACUUUUCGCGAUCUGCACACCUUUCAUUUUGGACACACAGGGAGACUUGGUGCUUUGGGCGUUCUUCAGUUCAUACAACGACAUCCCCACCUGGAAAACCUGUCCAUCGAUACGGAUGAUGAUGUCCACCCCAACCCAGAGCAUCCUGAAUUCAGUGGCGACAGUAUAGUUCUUUCUGAACUGCGUUCAUAUUCUGGCCCUCUCAAUUUCCUUAAGUACAUUGCCAAAAGUGCUACAUCUCUCUCCUCCAUCAUUAUCAAGCUUAGAGUCAAGCCUGGAGUAGGCGUUCCCGUCGAUCAGCUUGCCGCGCUCGAAGAGAUUCAUGACAUGGGAAAAGGCGUCUCAUUGGCAUUCGACACCUCCGCCUCUUUGAGCCCUUUAGUUGAGUGGACUUCAGCUGCGCUCCCGAAAUUGCAGAAUUUCGCGGCCUACUGCCGAAAAGUAGAUGCUUUGCCCGUACGCUCCCGUCCUGGCCUAUCCCAAGAAGCGCUCGACCGUUUCGCGGUUUUCUUUUCGGGUUCAAGACACUCCGCAAAUUUACCUACCGUAAAUCUAACUUCACCGAUUCCACCGCUCCCAAUCAACCGAUUGACGGCCUCAACGGUGCUGAAGACGCGAAGGCCUUGGGUAACCUGUGUCCCACCUUGUCAGAGAUUGGCUUAUGUGCGGAUUCUCUUACAUCGCCUGCUUAGUACUAACCUCCAGGCACAGACGGUUCACAUUUUAUACGCAAAGACGUUGGAGGUUGGACUGUACAGGAGUAAGGCAGCUGCUCAAGGCGUGGAUUGGUGUGGAUUUACUUCUACUGUACCCCCUCAGUUUAGCUGGAAUCAAUCUAAAGAAUUGACAAAUAUAACAUCUCGACCUAAGAGCUGCUGA